GGCCCAGUCACAUUCAGAGCCCCCGUGCCAGCAGCUCGUAAAAAUACAGAGCCGCAGAGUUGCGCUCUUCAUUUUGCGCCGUAUCGAUAUCGAUCAUGAGGUCACUUCCUGUUAUCCCGCGACAGGGUACGGCACCCCCUCGCCCUCCCAGCCGUCAGUUAGAAACACUCCCCGCCGCAAGAAUGAACGUGGCACUGAUUCAUGAUAAAUAUGCAAUAAAGACUUUCUGGGAACGGAAAAUUGAAAAUCAUUGGCAACUGACUGAGGGUGAACAGUCAAGGAUGAAGAACAGUGCUCUGAGCAAGCUCCGCGGGGAGUGGUCCAAGAGGCUGGAGAUCCAGACGAAGCACCUGAAGAAGGCUCACGAGGAGAACAUGAGGAAGGCCCGGCUCCAGAUGGAGAAUGAAGCCUAGCGUCGCACCGCCCGUACCGCCAGUACCGCCAGUACCGCCACAUCGCUUUUCCAUUCCAGGCUUUGCAACGCCCGCCAUUUUAAAUGUUGCUCGCAAAGGUCGGCUGCCGAUGAUGUAGAACAGGGCUUGUGGCUCCGGUCCUAUGGGCCCUGUAUCCCCAGUAGUGCUGUUACAAGUCACAGAAACAGGAAUAUUUCCCCUUUGCUAAAUACAAAAUAAAUGUCUCAUUUACCAAACUCCGCAGAAUGAAGUAAUGGCCUAAAUUUAUAAGGGUAUGCAAACUGAUUGCAGCGGUGAAAAUGACUUCCCUUGGGUUUACUUAGGCAGGGGGGUGGCAUAUAUUUCUCUUACUGUUAAGAACGAUAAUAUUUCUGCCGCAGCCAGCUACAUAAAUUUACAGCGGCAUAAUCAGCUGACCUUGUACAUUCGGGAAUGUUAGUUAUUGAACAAUGUAUCACACAUUUCUGUCACUAGGGGCUCAUUUGAGAAAAAUAUUGAACAGAUUUUAA